GGCAGUAGGACACACUGUGCUUUGGCGUGGAAGGACAUUUCAAGAAGUAAACAUGUUUAAUACCAUUGUGCGGAAUUUGUUCUCAGGUCCAAACACGUCGGUUAAAUUUUCUGAUGCGUUUGCUUUUGCAUUUAAAUGUGACAAAUCUUCAACGGCACAUUUUAGAUUAACAAACACAGCUGGCGCUAAAGGACUCAGAACAUGUAUAGCUCAACUUUGUGAGAAGACUGAAGUUCCUUCAGGUGCACAAAUUAAGAGUAAAUCUUCAGUCCAUACACCUGACGUGGACGUUGAAAGAAAUCCAGGUAUAGACACAGCUAAUGAAAGUGCAAGUACAAGUGAACCAGAUGCAACAACACCUGUAACAGAGAAGGCCAAGAGUGGGAAGGAGGGUCUCCUGAACCUGCUUGGUGCAAUGAAAGUAGAAGUAACUAACAAGCGGAAGCUAAAAGGACUGAAAGGAAGACAAGAGAUUUCUUCCACACCAAAACCAAGGCCAAACUCCUUAGAGAGUACUAUUAGUAUGUUUCAGGAUGCUACAGUAAAAACUUCACAGCAGAGUGAAACUCUGUCUCCUGAUCUCGUUGCUGCUGCAUCGGCUGCAGCCUCCACUCUUCCUAAUCCCAGCCAAGCAGAGUCCGAGCUUCUCCAGCAACUGCGCCAGCAUGAAACUAUUACAGAGGCACAAAAGAAAGGAGAUGGGAAUAAUAUUGGGGUAAUCAUAGCAGAAAUGAAAAUAGGAAAGAAUCCAAAUCGAUCGAAUGCCCGUCCAGCUAAUCAGAUUAGGUUUGAUGAUGAUGGCCGAGGUUACACGCAUGAAAGAGGAAUCACUGGUGAACUGGAUAGUGUUCGAAAAAGGAGAAACCUCUUUACAGCGAAGAGAUUGAACAUUUUCUCUCCUUCAGAAGUAACUGCUUUGUCCACCGUUGCAGGGACGACUGUAUGGGAUAUUGACUAUGCAGACAAAUUAUCUACAGUAACCAAUCAUAUGCCUCGUAAUGGUUUUGAGGAAUUGAUCCAGUGGACCCAACAAGGGAAAAUGUGGCAGUAUCCUAUUGACAAUGACACUGGCUUGGAAGAGGAAGCUAAUGUACCAUUUCAUGAACAUGUCUUCUUGGAGAAACACUUAGAAGAGGGCUUCCCACGUCGGGGGCCUGUUCGUCACUUCAUGGAGCUUGUGAUUACUGGUUUGUCCAGAAACCCUCACCUGACUGUUGAACAGAAGAAGGAGCACAUUUUCUGGUUUCGAGAUUAUUUCAGUCAAAAAGAAGAAGUGCUUAAGGAGGAUGAUGUUUAUCUGAAUUAAAAAUGGAGGAUGUUUAAAAAAGCAAA